AAUCAAGCAAUGCAAAUUGAGAAGCGAUUGUGUAAAUAUGGAGCCGACUGUUAUAGGCAAAACCCCGCGCACUUUCAAGAGUUCAAACACCCAACAGGGAACACAAAAAAAUUUAAAAGAAGCCUGUGUAAUGAAAAUUCAUCACAAACCGCUAAAAACAUAAAAUUGGAAGACUACGAUUCGCUUAGUUUGAACUUCCAUUUUAAACUGACACGUGUUGAAAGAUUGCCUGAGAAAACCGAUAAUAAAGAUUCGGUAACGCUAGCUGAGCUCUUAAGGCUGCAUUCUUGCUUGCAAUCAUCUGCUCACUUUAAUUACAUGUUUGAUAUUCAAUGGCUCUUGUCUCAUUAUCCAGAGAGUUGCAUUAAUAAACCAUUGCUUAUUAUACAUGGGUUCCAAUCGCGGGAAAAAAGCCAGUUGCAUGAAAUGUGUGUGAAUUACCCCAACAUCUCAUUGGCACAAGCUUCUCUGCCAAUGCCCUAUGGCACACAUCACACGAAGAUGAUGUUACUCCUGUUCAGCGAGGGAUUGCGCGUUGUAAUACACACCGCCAACAUGGUUCCAAAUGACUGGGCUCAAAAGACUCAGGGCGUCUGGACCAGUCCACUUUUACCUCCGCUUGAUGACCAGUCAAGUAGUGCAGAAACUACGAGUUCAUCAACUACAAUCAAUUCUGAAUCGAGAAAUAGAUUUCAACACGACUUGCUAGAUUAUUUGCGGGCAUACAAAUUGAAUUCUUUGAAUAGCUGGAUUGAAACUGUAAAAAGCCACGAUUGUUCGGCUGUGAAGGUGCGAUUGGUCGGGUCAGUUCCAGGCAGAUUUUCAGGUGAUUCCAUUCAAAAAUGGGGACACAUGAGGUUGAGAAAUCUCUUAGAGCAGAAUAAGGGGCAUAUAUCGACGGAGAAGACUGACUCAAUGUCAGUGGUGGCCCAGUUCAGCUCGAUCGGGUCUCUGGGUGCCUCUGCGGACAAGUGGCUCACCUCCGAAUUCCUCCAUAGUCUCUCUUCCCCCCGCCUGUCGCCUCAAAGAGGAUCGAGUCAAAGGGCAGAGUUGAAGCUGGUGUUUCCUUCUGUGGAUGAUGUCAGAUGCAGUCUAGAAGGAUAUGCAGGCGGAACAUGUCUACCCUACAGUUCACAGGUGGCUAAUAAGCAGCCGUGGCUCACUUCUUUCAUGCACAGGUGGAUGAGUGUGAGGAGAGGGCGGUCCAGAGCAUGUCCUCACAUCAAAACAUACGCUGCCAUCUCUAGUGACAAUCAACACCUGAAGUGGCUUCUGCUCACGAGUGCCAAUUUAUCGAAGGCGGCAUGGGGUUUGCUGGAGAAAAACGGAUCCCAACUGAUGAUCAGAUCAUACGAACUUGGAGUGCUCUUCACUCCACAAGAGAGCGACCAGAAAAUGAGCACGAGCUUGUUGCCAUUUGACUAUCCCUUGCAAAAGUACUCACCAAACGAUAAACCAUGGAUUGUGAAUGAGAACCACGAUACGUUGCCCGACUCACAUGGAAAUAUUUGGUGUCCUAACUCUUGAGUUGAUUUGAAAACGAGAAAAUCUGGAUUUUGAACCAGUUUAUGCGAAUAAUUGAGAAGAUUGAGAAACCCAAAGAUCAGAAUUAGGUGUAAACUUGUCAACUCAACAAUUUUUACUCAUUCUAUAUUUUAACUGAUUAAAUAACUGCAAUAAAGCUCUGUUUUUUUUCUG